AUGCCAUUUUCUAACUAUGACUACCAUGUCUGGUCGAACCUGCAGCAGCAGGAUAAGCAGUCCAUGCAUGAUAAAGUAAAUGGCAUGCUGCAUGAGCAGAGAUCUUUUUCCAUCGCUAUUCUUCAACGCAUUAGUAUUGAGCGGCUAUCUUUGUCUGCAGAGAAGGUAUCCUUGCUCGAUGACCUGCAGCUGACGAACAAAGAUGAUGAAGUGAGGUCUGCACAGGGGGCUGCAGGAAAGGGGGCUCGCAUUGGGAACAGAGGACGACAACUGAGCAGUACCUUGAACGAUAUCUACUCGCAGCUGAAUGACGUCGCGCCUCCCCACGAAGACGAAGCCAAGGAGGACUAUCUUAAGCGCAUCUUUUCUAUAGUUGACUCACAGGGCAUGGGGAAAGUGUCGAGCAUGCAACUGACGAAUUCUCUCUUCAACGAUGCGAACCGCGCCUCUACCACGGUGAUGAUGACAGCAGCCGAUCACGACAAGGACGGUUACCUUAGCGAAAGCGAGUUUGUCUCCUUCUUAAUCAACACAGAAAGCGGAGGGGACUGCUUGCAGGCGGAUCGCAAUGAGCCAAAGCCGACCCAGUCGAAUCCCACCAGUACGAGGAACGACGCCAUGUGUGAUGCCCUUGGAAGUCUCUCUGCUCAACAAACAGCACAGAAAGAUGCUCAUCACCUGACGGCCCUCAACGAUAUCCAUAUGCACGGCAUCGAGGUGACGAACCUGUGUAGCCAGUCGAGCCGAAUUAAGUGCAUCGCCCUCUCACCGGAUGGCAAGCUGUACGCUGUGGCGCACCGGCACGACAGUGUGGCGCACGUGUACAUGAUAAGCAACGGCGCUGAGGUGCGACGGCUUGUGGGUCAUCAAGGGCCGCUGCUAAGCAUUAUCUUCUCUCCUGAUCGAAAGCAUGUUAUGACGGCAGCACGAGACAACUUCAUGGUCUCGUGGGAUCACACGGUCGGACUGGAGUGCAGCUUCUCCGAGCACCCCGGAAUCGUCACGGCAGUUGCGGUGAGUUGUGACAGCCAGUUUGUCUUCAGCGGGUGUCAGGAUAACCUUGUGCGGAGAAUCACGGCUUCCAAGGCUAAGAUACGGGCAGUACUGCCCCAUAUCCCGUGUAAGACCCCUGGAGUCAUUGUAGCGCUCGCAACGCAGAGCACCAAGAACGACGUCGUUGCCUUCUCCCGUAGUUGCGACCAAUGCGCGUACAUCGCCAAUGCCAAAAAUCUACAACUCGUUGCGCAACUUACCGGACAUGAGUCGCUGGUGUGGAAAGCCUCUUUCAAUGCGGAUGAUAGCAUGUUACUCACCUGCUGUGAGCGGAAGAUCAUCGUGUGGGAUGGGACGGACUUCUCUUCCGUCAGAAUAUUCAGUAGUGUCGUGGUCGCGACGCCAAGGUCUGCGGAUGAGGUACUGUGGACAACAGCUGUGUUCGCGUCACAGGAACACUGCAACUUGCUCUUCUGCUUCAACUCGGUCGGACAGAUGCAUGUGCUGGACUGCGAUGCUGCGGAGAUGGAAGAAAGCAUCAUUGAUAUCCAGAUGCGCUCCAGUGUAUACACGACGUCAGUCUUUGUAGGCGACACAAUGGUUUGCGGAGACAACUACGGCAAUGUAUACCGAGUCCGUAUAACUUAA